CGCCCCUACCGCCCUCCCCCAGCCCCGGAGACCUCGGCGGGGACCCCGGGCUCGGACGUCCCCGCGCCUCCGGGCACCUGGCUCAGCAGGAGUCCCCCGGGUCGGGGCAGGGCGGGGCCGGCAGCGGCGAGCCCGAGCCCGCCCGGCGCCCAGGCCCCUCGGAGCCCUCAGAACCCACCCAUGGGGUACCGGCUCCCCGCGUCUCCUCGCCCGGCCGCGCCCAGCUCGGCGCCCCGAGCCGCGCAGAGGAGGAGCCCGGCGCAGUGACCCGGGAGCCGCUGCAGACUCCGGAAGCCUCGGCGGCGGCGGUGGCGGCGGCGGCCGCGGAGGCAGGCGGUUCCCCGCACCUCCGGGCUCUUCCAGGCAGCCCUCCAAGCUGUGCCAGAGGCCCGGCUGGCCAUUCUCAGGCGGAGAACGGACGCCCAGACAGGAGCCACGCGGAGGAGGCCAAGGCCGCCAGCAAGAGGCUGCAGGGUCGGGUCCAGGGCCUGCUGGCGUCCGCUCCCCGCUCAGCGCCGCAGCCCCGAGCCAUGAUGAAGACCCUGUCCAGCGGGAACUGCACACUCAGUGUGCCCGCCAAGAACUCGUACCGCAUGGUGGUGCUGGGCGCCUCGCGGGUGGGCAAGAGCUCUAUUGUCUCCCGGUUCCUCAACGGCCGCUUCGACGACCAGUACACGCCCACCAUCGAGGACUUCCACCGGAAGGUCUACAACAUCCGAGGCGACAUGUACCAGCUGGACAUCCUGGACACGUCCGGCAACCACCCCUUCCCUGCCAUGCGCAGGCUGUCCAUCCUCACAGGUGACGUCUUCAUCCUGGUCUUCAGCCUGGAUAACCGGGAGUCCUUCGAUGAGGUCAAGCGCCUCCAGAAGCAGAUUCUGGAGGUCAAGUCCUGCCUGAAGAACAAGACCAAGGAGGCGGCCGAGCUGCCCAUGGUCAUCUGUGGCAACAAGAACGACCACGGCGAGCUGUGCCGCCAGGUGCCCGCCACCGAGGCCGAGCUGCUGGUGUCGGGGGACGAGAACUGUGCCUACUUCGAGGUGUCGGCCAAGAAGAACACCAACGUGGACGAGAUGUUCUACGUGCUCUUCAGCAUGGCCAAGCUACCCCACGAGAUGAGCCCCGCGCUGCACCGCAAGAUCUCCGUGCAGUAUGGCGACGCCUUCCACCCCAGGCCCUUCUGCAUGCGUCGCGUCAAGGACAUGGACGCCUACGGCAUGGUCUCGCCCUUUGCCCGCCGCCCCAGCGUCAACAGUGACCUCAAGUACAUCAAGGCCAAGGUCCUUCGGGAGGGCCAGGCCCGUGAGCGGGAUAAAUGCACCAUCCAGUGAGCGGGAGGGACACCGGGGUGGGGGCCUGGGCGGUGCCUUACGGGAGGUGGCCCCAUGUGCACACUGCCCACGCCCCCCGCCCCCCUACCCGCCGAGACCCCAGGGGCAGCCGAGUUCGAAGGCCUCUGGCUCCAGACCGGGGCACCCCAGCCUCUGACCUCCGUGUGUUCUACCUUCCCGCCACUUCCCUCGGAUUCUGCUUUUCUGAGGUGCCCCCCCCCCUCCAUUUGCGCUUUUAGCUCCUCCUCGCAGGGGCAGGUCCCUGCAGGGCUGGGAACAAGGGAGGGAGACAUACGGACUUGUGCCGGCCCCCAAGUCAGAGCCCUCCUGCCCUGGGUGUCGGAGGAAACACUGAUGCCGGAGGAGCCAGAAUCCCUACAUGAACGGAGCCUCCUGGAACAGACACGGGUGCAAACGACUCCCGGGGUCUCCGCUGGGCUGGUUGAGACCCCAGACUCUGCCCUCUCCGCCUCAGCUCUUUGGGCCCCUGCCCGUCCAAGAUGUCCCGGGCGCUGAGCCGGUGGCGGCUGUGUGUUUGAAGAGGGGCGUGGCCACGCCUCCCGGACCACGGCCGCCGCGUGGACUUCUCCGCCAUCUUUGUCGUGGAUCCCUCGUCUCCUGGUGUGUGUUGUUGCUGCCGUUGUUCUGUUGCGUGUAGCUGUAGAAGCGGAAAUCGUACUGUAAAAGCUACUGGCACCUCGUUGGCCAGACGCCCCUGCCCACGUUAGACCCGUGGCCUCUGCUGCGGACGCCUUCCUCCCCCUUCCCAGACAGGGUUCCCUUGGCCUGCCUGCAGCCGGACACUGCCCUCGGUAAUGAGCUUCACGGUUUUAACACUUGCACGGGGCAGGGGUGGGGCAGGCUGGGGCUGCUUCUCCUCCUGUCCCCGUUGUGUGGUCGAGGCAGCUGAUUCUGGGGGAAGGGGAGGUGACACGUUCCAGCACACUCCUUCCCCCCCCUCCGCCCCCGCUUCACCUCGUUCAGGGCAGGGCUCUGCCUAGAACCAUGCCGUCUUCUACUGUGCUGGUUCCUCAAGCAUUUAUUGAGCACCUGCUGGGUGCCGGGUCCACUGUGUGCUAGGAAACAAAGAGAGUGAGCAGUGCACUUUAUGACCCCCAGGCCAGGCCCUUCCCCAGCCUGGGGCUGUUCCCCUUCACCCGCAUGGCCUGCACCCACCUCUGCUGCCCCUCUGUCUCAUGCACCUGGAGCUUUGGGGGGUGGGGGGGAGGGCUGCAGGUGCAGCUGGGAGCCAGAGCCGAGCCCAGAGAGGUAGGUGGGAAAGUCCCUCGUGUGUGGCGUGGGACUGCUGUGUACUGGGUGUGACAGGAGUUGGGCCCCUUGACCAAAGGCCUUGUCAUCAGCUCUUAACAAACACAUUUCAUAUCUUAACCUCCUUUAAAAUACUGAGAUUUAGGGGCGCCUGGGUGGCUUAGUCGGUUAAGCGUCCGACUUUCGCUUAGGUCAUGAUCUUGCGGUUCGUGGG